AUGCACUUCGGGCAACGUCAAAAUAUAAAGCAACAGGAUUACCAAGAAGCUUCGAAACUUGUUCAGUUAUGCUCGGAAAACAAAGAUAUCAACAUUGGUCUGCUUGGUGCAGUUGUGGCCUUAUGGAAGAUGAUCGCUCCUUAUAAUCUAGUUCCCAAGCCGACGAUUGAUUUAACGCUGAAAUCGAUAAACGUCGCUCUAAAAUCUGGAAACUACGAAAGCAACGAGCUAAUUCAACUUAUUCGGCUUAUUCACAAGUACUCCUCAAAGGACCGAGAGCGCCAUAAUUUCCAGAAGCUCAUUCUUGUUCCAUUUGCGGGGAUUUUUUUUAACCGACGAUCUGUUUCUUUCUGCGCUCUUUUCAAGCUAGAUUUGACAGAGUUACUUUACGAAAAAGACAUAUGCGUCGUUGCCGAUUCGGAUCGCGUUAAAGAAGAAAAGACGAUUGGAUCAACUAUUGCUACUCCUCUUUCUAUUUUAGGCACGUCGACGGUACUGAGCGACGCUUUGCUUCGAAACUCCACCGUUGUAGAGUUAAAAGUCGCCAUCGGACAAGUCUUAAACUUCAUCAAAGCUGACAGCCUGGGACAAGGAAAUUCGAGUUUGUCAACCUUGGAUGCAUCCAGCGAACAAGUUCUUCAACUAAUGAGACAUUUCCAAGAGCAGUACUGGAUCCUUCUUGGCGCCCUUACAAAUUUUUGCACACUGCCACGAGAUUCACUUCUAUCGCGAUGGGAGCCGAUAUCAUUUGACUUACAGAACUCCCUCGGCGACCGAAUGUGUCAUUUAUUCUCCGCAUAUCCAAGUGUGAACUCUACGAACGAACUCAACCAGUCAUCAAUUCUCUUUUAUUCUUUCAGCUUUAUGAUCGCAUGGGUGAAAUCCGCCAAAAAGACCAUUUACGUUGAGAUUAUUUGCCAAACAAUGGACAAAGAGGCGAAUAUCAUUGCAUUCUGGAUCAAAGUCACUCCUGGGAUGCUUGCGCUUAUGGGAACGAAAUCCCCGGGAAGCUCUUCUGAGAUUAAUACAAUCAUCGUAGCGCACCUUCUGACUGUUCUAGAGUCGCUGCAGCAGUUUCACUCUGAAAGCUUUCUUGUCCUCUUCAAUCUCUGGGCUGGCUUCUUUAGACUUUCUUCCAGGCCUAGUCAGUCGAUACGGCAAAGAUUCACGAACUUAGAAAGAAACAUGGCACAGGCACCGGAUAAUGAAAAACCCCAGGAUACAUUAGAUCGACUCCGAUUGAGCACUAAACAGCUUUUGAAGAAGCUGAAAGGACGCUGCGACCAGCUGACUGGUGCGGACUCGCAAGCAAACUCCAUCUACCUAAUCUAA